AUGACCGGCCUCAACGUGUCUUUCAUGGAUCGCAAAGCACUUGCCUUGUGCCAGCUGGUGUCCAGGGUUGAAGCCGACAACUACCCGGAAGCCUUGAAGCGCGUCAUUGUGAUCCGGGCCCCCUGGAUCUUUCCAGCCAUCUGGAACUUUUGCAAGCCCUUCUUCGACAAGGGAACCUUGGAGAAGGUCUGCAUUGUGAAGGAAAGCGAGACGACGGAUGUGCUGCUGAAACAUAUUCCCGCGGAGAGCGUGCCAAAGGCACUCGGCGGGACCUUAUCCGGUGGCAGCGGCGACGAGUACUGCUCCACGAUUAUUGCGCCCGGCGGAAAAAUACCUGAGCAUGUCAUUGCGAUGACUCAUUCCAACUAA